GCCAUGGGAUUGUGCUGUGGUAGUAGCGAUCGUGUGACAAAACACGAGAAAGAAGACGUUCAGCAUCCAACUGAAUCGGAACCACUGAAAUAUGACCCCGACUUCAAAGGACCUUUAUCGAAACGAUCGUGCACGGAUCUGCCCUGUUUAUUUUUAUUUGUCACGUUUUUAUGUGCUUGGGGAUACGUAGCCUAUUAUGCUGUACAACAUGGUGACUUAAAUCGUUUGCUUGUGCCGAUUGAUUCCGAUGGUCGCAAAUGUGGUGUGGACAGCGAAGUUCGUGAUGAACCGUAUCUUGUGUUCUUCAACAUUACCGAGUGUGCCAAAAUUGAUGUGCCGAUUUCCGGUUGUAGUACCACACAGGUGUGUGUUAGAGAAUGUCCUAACGAAAAUUUUGACUUUGAGUCUGCUAACUGCAAUCCAUCGAAUCUAAACGAAAUUCGUGCAAAAUUAAUAUGCAAGCAAAAUGUGAAAAAGAUCGACCUUAAGACAUGCCAAAUUAUACGCGAAUACAUCACAGCGGAGAGAUGUGCACAGACAGUUCAAAAAAGCACCUCAUUGGCAAAUCGAUGCGUAUCUAACAUUCCGGAAGUGCAAUGCCCACUUGGGCCCAAGCGAUCCCCUCAGCAGCCAGUAGUAGCAAGUACCAAAAUUAAAUUUUCAUCUGAACAAUGUAAAGAAAAGCGUGAUCUCGAAAACAUUUUGGAAGAAAAAAUUGUUAAGCUACAAUCUUUUCUGGCAAGAUACGUGAAUAAUCUCAUAUCCGUCAUAACGAAAGACAAUACCGUCCAUCAGACAAGCCAAAUGGUUGUGGAAGACAUACUGGAAUCGUGGCGUAUGAUAUUGGUCUUCGUGGCAUGUUCUGUCCUGGCUAGUUUAAUUCUCAUAACGAUGCUUCGAUGGAUAGCGAAGCCCCUAGUGUGGAUUUCUAUUAUAGGCGUUAUCGCUGCACUCAGCUACGGCGUAUACUACAGCUUCCGGGAAUACCAGAAAAUUCGCGCCAAUCCUGUCGCAGCACAUGUGAAUGUGUCUCCCAACCUUAGUUCGCUGGUAAACUCUUGGUUUAAGUCGGAUCAAACCUGGCUUUGGAUACUGAUUGUCUUAUCGGUUAUACUGAUUGUCCUACUGCUGGUAGUUUUGGUUCUGCGGAAAAGGAUCGUUAUUGCAAUUGCUCUUGUGAAGGAAGGCAGCAAAGCUGUUAGUGCAAGCUACUCCACCGUCUUUUUCCCCCUUGUACCAUGGGUACUGCAGGCGGCAGUUAUUGUGUUUGCUUUGCUAGUGCUGCUGUUCCUGGCAUCCAUUGGGGAUCCCGUGUACAAGAUCAAUGGUCUUAACUCAUCGGUUAGUUGUAUGUGCAGCAACGGCUACAAGGAAGGAGACAUUUGCGAUCCAAUCGUAUUCAAUGAAAAUUGUAGAGAUACAAGCAGAGCCUACGAUCAAGACCGAUGCAUCGAUGCAGCCUGUCACUUUCAGGAAGUGGACAGUCCGAAAAUAGUGGGCUACUUUCAUGCUUUAAACGUGCUUGGAUUUUUCUGGUGCAUUUGUUUUGUGUCUGCGUUCAGCGAAAUGGUAUUAGCGUUCACCUUUGCUACUUGGUACUGGACGCGCCAGAAGUCUCGACUCCCAUUUUUCGUUCUAACGCGUGGUGUCACACGUACGAUCUUUUACCAUCUGGGCACGCUGGCAUUCGGUUCACUGAUAAUUGCCAUCUGUAAAAUUAUCCGAGCUUUCCUCGAAUAUCUGGACCACAAAUUGAAACGCUAUGAUAACGGAGUAACUCGUGCCAUACUUUGUUGCUGCCGGUGUUUCUUCUGGUGCUUGGAAAGCUUUUUGAAAUUUUUGAACACGAAUGCGUACAUCAUGUGUGCAAUUUAUGGGAAAAACUUUUGCUCCAGUGCAAAGGAUGCGUUCAGCUUGCUCACCCGUAACGUGUUGCGAGUAAUUGCUUUGGACAAGGUGACAGGAUUCCUGUUCUUCCUAUCUAAAUUGCUGCUUGCUUCCGGUAUGGCGGCUGUAACGUACACGUAUUUCGAUAGUGACCUACCGAAAACGCCACUAAACUAUCCGUUCGUACCAGCUGUAUUUGUGUUCAUUGGAACAUAUAUCAUAGCAUCGAUAUUUUUCAGCGUUUAUUCCGUUGCUGUUGACACCCUAUUUUUGUGCUUUUUGGAAGAUAUCGAGCGGAAUGAUGGCAGUGCCGAGCGACCGUUCUUUAUGUCGAAAGGAUUGCAAAAAAUACUGGGAAAGAAACAGAAGUAAAUUUCCAUAUUUGC